AUGACGGAGCGCAAGUUGCAUUUGACCGCGUUCAUGCGGCCGGUCAGUCUACACACCGGCGCAUGGAGGUAUCCCGGCGCCUACGCAGACGCGAAUUUCAACUUUGAGCACCUGAAGUCUUUCAUCCAGAAGCUCGAAGCUGCCAAGUUUGAUGCCUUCUUCAUGGCAGAUCACCUCGCUGUUCUGAAUAUGCCAAUUGAAGCACUCAAACGCAGUCAUACGGUCACCUCGUUCGAGCCAUUUACCUUAUUGUCGGCGCUUUCAUCUGUUACUAGUAAGAUCGGGCUUGCUGCAACAGCAUCAACUACUUACGACGAACCUUACCAUAUCGCUCGUCGGUUUGCAUCGCUGGACCACCUCAGCAACGGUCGCGCCGCCUGGAACAUUGUCACAACGGGGAAUCCCGAGGCAUCAAAAAACUUUGGCAAGGAAGAGCACCUCGAACAUGACGAGCGAUACAAACGGGCGAGGGAAUUUUAUGACGUUGUUACGGGGCUGUGGGACAGCUUUGCCGAUGACGCUUUCAUCCGUGAUCAGGCGUCGGGGAUAUAUUUCGAUCCUGAGAAACUACAUGUUCUCAACCACAAGGGCGACAAUUUGCAAGUACGGGGUCCCCUGAAUAUAGCACGCCCUGUUCAAGGCUGGCCGGUCAUUGUACAGGCAGGCCAGUCGGAACCGGGCAGACAGCUGGCUGCUGAAACGGCCGAGGCUGUCUUUUGCGCGCCAAUAGACAUCGAAGCUGCAAAGGCACUGUAUGCAGAUAUCAAGGGCCGUGCAACGGCAGCAGGCCGCGAUCGCAAUCAUUUGAAAAUCCUUCCAGCAGCCUUUGUCGUCAUUGGAGACACAGUAGAAGACGCCAAAGCCAAGCGUCUCGCUGUCGAUAGUCUUGUCCACUAUGAAAGUGCCAUCGCCUCGUUGUCAGUGACACUGGGUACCGAUGCGUCAGGCUUCGACCCGGAUGGUCCUCUUCCGACUGAUCUGCCAGAAACCAAUGCAACCAAGACCGGUCGUGAAUCUGUGCUCAGGCUCGCCGCGAAAGAAAAUCUUACAGUCCGCCAACUUGCACAGAGACAAGGAGGAUAUGGCGGGCUGGCCUUCGUUGGGACACCAGAAACCGUCGCAGAAGAAAUGGGUACCUGGCUGCGUGAGGAGGCAGCCGAUGGAUUCACAGUUGUAGUCCCGUUUGUGCCUCAAGGUAUAGACGACGUAACGCUGCGACUGGUGCCUGAGCUCCAACGCCGGGGACUUUUCCGCAACGAGUAUGAAGGGACGACAUUGCGAGAACACCUUGGUCUUCCACGGCCGAACAAUAAGUUUUUCCCCUAA